CAAUGAACCCGCACAGUGUGCGGAUUUUCUAUUAACUGAACCGGUCCUGCGGAAAUCACUGGUGUUUGGGUGGUUUGGGUCCGGCGGAACUCACCGGCGUUUGGGUGGUUUGGGUCCGGCGGGGUUCGUUUUCUAGAGCCGACUGUGACGGCUUCACCACUCUCUCCAAUUCGCACAUUCUCUCUAAGGGCUCUUCGAAAUCAAGGUUAGGAUUUAGGAACAUUGAUCAGUUUAGUCCUGGACAACAAUUAUAGUGAAUGGCGCAACAAGCAGUGCAGAAGAACACGCUGUACGUGGGAGGGCUGGCGGAGGAGGUGAACGAGGCAAUACUCCACGCGGCAUUCAUACCCUUUGGGGACAUUAAGGACGUCAAGACGCCGCUGGACCAGGCCACCCAGAAGCACCGCUCCUUCGGCUUUGUCACCUUCCUCGAGAAAGAGGACGCCUCCACCACCAUGGACAACAUGGAUGGCUCCGAGCUCUACGGCCGCGUCCUCACCGUCAACUAUGCCCUCCCCGAGCGCAUCAAGGGUGGCGAGCAGGGCUGGGCCGCCCACCCCAUUUGGGCGGAUGCGGACACAUGGUUUGAAAGGCAGCAGCAAGAAGAGGAAAUGCAGCGUAUUCAGGCAGAGAACCGGGCUGCAAUGGAGGCUGCAGAGGAGUUGCAUCGAAAGAAAGUGGCCCAAGAGCGAGAAGGGGAAAAGGAAGAUGAAACAGAGAUCAAGGAUGAUCCCAUGGCAAGGGCUGAAGCAGAGGUUUUGAAAUAGAAUAGUUAGUUCUUUGCUACCAAAAUGAGCACUAGAUGAGGUAAGCUCAUCAUUCUUAC